CAUUUCCCAGCAAGCUCAGCGUUCAGCGUGCGCUAUGGAGCCGCGUGUCGCAGAGCUGAAGCAGAAGAUUGAGGACACCUUGUGUCCUUUUGGCUUCGAGGUUUACCCCUUCCAGGUGGCAUGGUACAAUGAACUUCUGCCUCCAGCCUUCCAUUUGCCCUACCCAGGACCUACCCUGGCCUUCCUGGUACUCAGCACACCUGCUAUGUUUGACAGAGCCCUCAAACCCUUCUUGAAGAGCUGCCAGCUCCAAACACUGAGAGACCCUGUGGAUCAAUGUGUGUCCUACCACCUGAGGAGUGUUACAGAAAAGUUUCCAGAACUGCAUAUGGAAGUCAUUGCUGACUAUGAGGUACACCCCAACCGGCGUCCUAAGAUUCUAGCCCAGACAGCAGCCCAUGUGGCAGGUGCUGCUUAUUACUACCAGCGACGAGAUGUGGAUGCUGACCCAUGGGGCUCCCAGCACAUAGCAGGUGUGUGCAUACACCCCCGAUUUGGGGGCUGGUUUGCUAUCCGAGGGGUAAUGUUGCUGCCAGGGAUUGAAGUGCCAAAUUUGCUACCCAGAAAGCCCCCUGACUGUGUGCCUACAAGAGCUGGUCGCAUCACUCUGCUUGAAGGCUUUAAUUUCCACUGGCGGGAUUGGACUUACCGGGAUGCUGUGACUCCUGAAGAACGUUACUCCGAAGAACAGAAGGUCUACUUUUCCACCCCACCUGCCCAACGCUUGGCCCUAUUAGGCUUAGGCCAACCCUCGGAACACCCCAGCACUACAUCAGAGCAUCCUCUUUCCUUGCUUCCCAAGCCUCAGAAUUCCAGAAGAGCACGAAGCUGGCUUAGUCCAAGUGUCUCACCACCUGUAUCCCCAAGCCCUUGAUAACUUUUCACCUGUGGGAUUCCACUCAUGGUGGAUUGGUCUUAUUUUGGGUAGGAUUUGGGUUUUUUGUUUGGUUGGUUG